GAAGAAUUUAGAAAUUAGAGAAAAACCCUUAACCCUACCAUACUAAACCCUUCCCCAAGCUCUCUCACUCUCUCUAAAACCUUCUCAUCAUAUCAUCUUUUCUCGCUCCUCUUCGCACUUUUUUGUUCCGAUCAAGAUUAAAGAUGAAUUUCAAAAAGGUCAAUGUUCCCAAGAUGCCUAGUGGGAGUGGGGCGUCCAAGCUAAUUUCCUUUGGGGCUAUCGCUGGGCUUACUAUAUACGGACUUAGUAACAGUCUCUACAAUGUUGAGGGAGGGCACCGCGCCAUUGUUUUCAACCGCAUCUUGGGGGUCAAGGAUAAGGUCUAUCCUGAAGGGACACACAUACUGGCCCCAUGGUUCGAAAGACCAGUAAUCUAUGAUGUCAGGGCACGACCUCAUCUUGUGGAGAGCACAUCAGGAAGUCGUGACCUUCAGAUGGUCAAAAUUGGUCUCCGAGUUCUCACCCGUCCAGUUGCUGAUCAAUUGCCAACUAUUUACCGAACCCUUGGUGAAAAUUACAAUGAGAGGGUCCUGCCUUCAAUUAUUCACGAGACUCUGAAAGCUGUUGUUGCUCAAUACAAUGCUAGCCAGCUCAUCACCCAGAGAGAGAAUGUCAGUAGGGAAAUACGGAAAAUUUUAACAGAGAGAGCCGCCAACUUCAACAUGGCACUGGAUGAUGUGUCAAUUACCAGCCUGACCUUUGGAAGGGAAUUCACUGCAGCCAUAGAAGCUAAGCAGGUAGCUGCACAAGAAGCUGAGAGGGCCAAAUUUGUAGUUGAAAAGGCUGAGCAAGACAAACAAAGUGCUAUAAUUAGAGCACAGGGAGAAGCUAAGAGUGCUCAAUUGAUUGGUCAAGCCAUUGCCAACAAUCCGGCAUUUAUCACGCUGAGGAGAAUCGAAGCAUCCAAGGAAGUCUCACACACUGUUGCUGUUUCAACCAACAAGGUGUACUUGAACUCUGAUGAACUGUUGCUCAACCUUCACGACCUCAACCAAGAGCAAACUGCUAGGAAGUAAAUAACCCUCAAGAUGAUCAAGCUUCAUGUUUCGUCCCCACCAGGUCAUAUUAUAGGAGUCUCACUAGGGAUGCUAUUAACAAUAUGAUGUUCUCUUCUUCUACUCUGCAUCACGUUUUUGCAUCUGAUGCUUAAAUAAUGUAGUCUCUUACUGCUGUUCUUGGGGUUUUCCAGCUUUUGCCUGUGUUACUUCGGUUUGCAGUUUAGCUUCUCAGAUAAUCGUGUUUUCGUAAUUGCAUCUGGAGCAGCUUCUUGGAUAUGAACGACGCUUGUGUAUUGCCAUGCUCGAUCUAAAUUUGUAGUACAUUCAAAGUUCACAAGCUUAUUUGAGCUGUGCUCUGAUGCCAUUUUCUGAUGGAGGGCGUCGUCUCCUCCACUGUUGCCUCUA